AAAAUAUAUAUAUCGAACCGUUGGUAUUUGUUCUGUUUCGAACACACAGGAAAAAAAAAGGGUUAGAAGAACAAAAAAAAAACUCAGUGGAGAGAGUCUUGGAUAGAGCCUUGGACGCCAGAGUUAGGUGUUUCUUGGGUUAUAUGAUCUAGUUAGAACUGGGUUAACAAUGGGCGAAGAAGAUACAAAGGCUGCUGUUGUUGAUCCAGCAGCAAAUGGGACUAGCCUUCAACAAAAUCCACCAGAGGCUUUGUCUGGUAAGAAAGAGGAAGAAAAUGCUGGAGGUAAGGAAAUACAGGAAAAUAAGAAGGGUGGGGAAGGGGAGCCUGAGAAAAUGGAGAUAGAUGCAGAAAUCAAGAAAGGUGAGACAGAAAAUGUGGAGAUUAGGAAAGAUGAGGACAAAUCUGAGAUGGAGAAAACCAAAGAAGAGAUAAAGGUCAAGAAAAAUGAGGGACAAGCAGAGACUGCCAAAGAGGAUGAAGACACAGAUAGUAAGAACGAGGAUACUAAUGGUGGUGUGCAUGUGACUGAUGCAGCAGGAGAUGUUGUAAUGAAGGAAAAUGUAGAGUCUGGUGACAGUAAGGACGAGAAAGUGGAUGAAAAUCAAGAAUAUGAAAAGACAGAUAUUACUGAAGCAGGACAACAGAAAGCAGAGAAGAAACAUGAAAAAGAGAAGCCUAAACAAGAAGAGGAAAAUGUCAAUCAAAAUGAAGAAAAAAAUAAAGGGGACAACAAAGAGAAAGAAAAGGUGGUGAAUGCAAACAGAGAGAAAGAAGAUGCAGAAGAGAUAGAAAAGGUGGAUGCAAAUCAAGAGGAUGAGACUAUGGAGGAAAGGGAGGGUUUGGAUGAGGGAGAAGACGAGGAAGGGAAGGAAGACAAUAAAGAAGAGGGAGUGGAGGUGGAGGAAAAUGUUGAUGAGCAGAAGGUGGAAGCUGAAAAAGAAGAGAGUGAGGAUGAGAAAGAAGAUGAAAAAGACAACGGGGAACACGAAAAGGAAGAGAAUAAGGAGGAGAAGCAAGAUGAAAAAGAGGAGACUAAGGAAGAGAAGGGGUCUAGAAAGCGUGGAAAAGGAAAAAGUACAGAGGAGAAGGUUAAUGAGAAGAUGAAGAGUGAGGAAGAAAAGAAGGAUACAGAACCAAGGACUCCUUACUCUGAUCGACCCGUCCGUGAGCGGAAAUCUGUUGAAAGGCUUGUCGCGUUGAUUGAUAGAGAUUCUUCAAGGGAAUUCCAUGUUGAAAAGGGAAGAGGUUCACCACUUAAAGAUAUUCCCAACGUGGCCUACAAGGUGUCAAGGAAGAAGGGUGAUGAAACUUUCAAGCUGCUGCACACAAUUCUAUUUGGAAGGAGAGGCAAGGCUGCUCAGAUCAAGACGAACAUAUUACAGUUUUCUGGUUUCGUGUGGCAUGGAAAUGAGGAGAAGGCAAAACUCAGAGUAAAAGAGAAGUUUGACAAGUGCAACAAGGAAAAACUUUUGGAAUUUUGCGAUGUAUUUGACAUACCAGUUGCCAAGGCUACAAUAAAGAAGGAAGAUAUUGUUACAAAACUGAUUGAGUUUUUGGAGGAGCCUCAUGCGACAACUGAUGUUCCAGUUUAUGAGAAAGAGAAGCAACCGAGCAAGGCAGCAAAACGCAAAAGAACCUCUAAGAGUUCACCUACAGCUGGGGGUUCAUCCUCUAAGAGUCAGAAAAAGACUGACAGAGCAGAAAAGGCUGAGAAAAAGAGUUUGACUCAUUCUGAUGAUGAAUCUGAGGAAGAGAAAGAGGAAGAAAAUGUAGAAGAAAAAGAGAAGGAAGAAGGGGAAGAGGAAGAAGAAAAAAAGUUAGAGGCAGAGAAUGAGAACGGCGUCCCUGAUAAAUCUGAGGACGAGAUGCCUGAGCCUUCUGAAAGUGAGGAGAAAGUUGAAUCAGAGGAGGAAUCAGAAGAAGACACUAAAAAGAGGAAACGUGGUUCUGGGUCUUCAUCUGGGAAGAAAGAAUCAGCAAGGAAAGCCAGAAGCAAGAAAGCUGCUGUCACUGGAAAAGCCAGUCCACCACAAAAGGCUACCCAGAAGAAAUCAUCUGCAAAGCGGAAGAAGACUGAUGACGAUAGUGAUUCAGGUCCAACGACAUCUUCUAAAAGGAAGAAAACUGAGACACCCACCAAAUCCUCAGCUCCUUCAAAAUCUGCGUCUAAAGAGAAAGCAGGGAAAAGGUCUGGUAAAGGGAAAGACAAAAGCAAAGAACCGAGCGAUAAAGAGUUGAAAGAUGCGAUCAUUGAGAUCUUGAAGAAAGUGGACUUCAACACGGCCACAUUCACUGACAUCCUCAAGCUACUUGGCAAGGAAUUCAACAUGGAUCUCACCCCAAGAAAGUCAUCGAUAAAGCUGAUGAUACAGGAAGAGCUAACGAAAUUAGCAGAAGAGGCAGAGGAUGAGGAAGGAGAAGAGGAGGAGGGAGCAGAGAAAGAAAAGGCAGGGCCUGUGGGCGUGGGCGAAGAAGAGGUUAAAGCCUGAAACUCUAAGCCAAAGCAGUAGAGCAAACGUGUCAUUAUGCAUGCGGAAAUCAUAUUCUUGUGAGGACCUUUGUUUGCCUAGUAUGGUAGGUGAAUGAAUCACUGAAAUCUGGAUGUGAUUUGUUGUUGUUGUUGUUGUUGUUUUUUCUUCUUCGGUUUGAUUUUGGGACGAUGGAACAAAAACUAUCACCAGUUUUUGUCUUUUUAGUUAAUGGUAGAGAAGAGACAACCAGAGAGAAGGGACAAAAGCUGCAUAAGAGAGUGUGAGAUAGGCAGCUGGUCUGUGUAUACUAAUUUAAACAUUAAGCCGAGUCCCCUUAGGUUUCAUUCUCA